GCCGCGCCGCCGCCGGAGGCCGCUCGGAGCUGCGCGAACAUGGCCGAAGUCGGCGAGGACAGCGGGGCCCGCGCCCUGCUGGCGCUGCGCUCGGCGCCCUGCAGCCCCGUGCUGUGCGCCGCCGCCGCCGCGGCCGCCGCCUUCCCCGCCGCCGCGGCCCCCGCGGCCCCGGCGCCCGGGCCCGCCGCCCCGUCGCCGCCGCCGCCCGCCCAGCCCCCGCCGCCGCCACCGCCGCCGCCGCCGCCGCCGCUGCCGGGCGCGAUCGCGGGGAGCGCGGGGGCCGCGGGCGCGGGGGGCGCGAUCGCGGGGGCCGCGGGCGGCGCGGCGGCGGGCCCGGGCCCGGGGGCUCCGGCGGGCGAGGCCCUGGUGGCCGCGGCGGCCGCCUCGGUGCGUCGGAGCCCCGGGCCCGCGCUGGCACGCCUUGAGGGCCGCGAGUUCGAGUUCCUCAUGCGGCAGCCCAGCGUCACCAUCGGCCGCAACUCGUCGCAGGGCUCGGUGGACCUGAGCAUGGGCCUGUCCAGCUUCAUUUCGCGGCGCCACCUGCAGCUCACCUUCCAGGAGCCGCACUUCUACCUGCGCUGCCUCGGCAAGAACGGCGUCUUCGUGGACGGGGCCUUCCAGCGGCGCGGCGCGCCCGCCCUGCAGCUGCCCAAACAGUGCACUUUCCGAUUCCCCAGCACAGCCAUAAAGAUCCAGUUCACGUCGCUGUACCGGCCGGAGGAGGCCCCAGCGUCUCCCCUCCGGCCCCUCUACCCGCAGAUAUCCCCUCUGAAGAUUCACAUUCCGGAGCCGGAUCUCCGCAGCUUGGUCAGCCCCGUCCCGUCCCCAACCGGCACCAUCAGUGUUCCCAACUCCUGCCCGGCCAGUCCACGUGGGGCUGGGUCGUCCGGCUACCGCUUUGUUCAGAACGUGACCUCGGAUCUGCAGCUGGCCGCAGAGUUUGCCGCGAAGGCCGCCUCGGAACAGCAGGCAGACACAUCCGGAGGGGACAGUCCUAAGGAUGAGUCGAAGCCGCCGUACUCCUACGCUCAGCUGAUUGUGCAGGCCAUCUCGUCUGCGCAGGACAGGCAGCUAACACUAAGUGGGAUCUACGCCCACAUCACCAAGCAUUACCCCUACUACCGCACGGCUGACAAAGGCUGGCAGAAUUCCAUCCGACACAACCUCUCUUUGAACCGUUACUUUAUUAAAGUCCCUCGUUCCCAGGAGGAGCCUGGGAAGGGGUCUUUUUGGCGAAUAGACCCUGCCUCAGAAGCGAAGCUCGUGGAACAGGCAUUCCGAAAACGGAGGCAGAGGGGCGUCUCCUGUUUCCGCACCCCCUUCGGGCCUCUGUCUUCCAGGAGCGCUCCAGCUUCGCCCACUCACCCCGGGCUAAUGUCCCCUCGUUCUAGUGGCCUGCAGACCCCAGAGUGCCUGUCUCGAGAGGGCUCACCCAUUCCACAUGACCCUGACUUUGGGUCAAAGUUAGCUUCUGUUCCAGAGUAUCGGUAUUCCCAAAGUGCGCCUGGCUCUCCCGUCAGUGCCCAGCCCGUGAUCAUGGCCGUGCCUCCCCGCCCGCCCAGCCUGGUGGCCAAGCCCGUCGCCUACAUGCCGGCGUCCAUAGUGACGGCGCAGCAGCCGUCGGGCCAUGCGAUCCACGUUGUGCAGCAGGCCCCCCCUGUCACCAUGCUCAGGGUGGUCACCACCUCCGCCAGCUCCGCCAAUGGCUACAUCCUCGCCAGCCAGGCCUCGGCAGGGGGCGCCCACGAGGCAGCGGGCACAGCCGUGCUGGACCUGGGCAGCGAGGCCAGAGGCCUGGAGGAGAAGCCCACCAUCGCGUUCGCCACCAUCCCCACCGCCAGCCGCGUCAUCCAGACCGUGGCCAGCCAGAUGGCCCCAGGGGUCCCCGGACACACGGUCACCAUCCUGCAGCCAGCCACACCGGUGACCCUCGGGCAGCACCACCUCCCUGUCCGGGCCAUCACUCAGAACGGCAAACACGCGGUCCCCACCAACAGUUUAGCCGGCAGCACUUACGCCCUCACCAGCCCCCUGCAGCUCCUGGCAGCCCAGGCUAGUUCGUCCACGCCGGUGGUGGUCACGCGGGUGUGCGAGGUGGGGCCCGAGGAGCCGGCAGCAGCGGCCGCCACGCCAGCCACCCCAGCGACCCCGGCCACCGCUGCCACCUCUGCCUCUUCCACCGGGGAACCCGAGGUUAAAAGGUCACGUGUGGAGGAACCCAGUGGGACUGUGACGGCGCAGGCCGGGGUGAUCGCGGCCGCCGGCCCACAGGGACCCGGAACCGGGGAGUGAUGUACCGUGUGUGUGGGCCGAGUGGGAUGCUCGCCAAAAGGGAUUCUGGGGCCGGGCCCUGACCGCCGGCCUCCCGCUGCCUGCGGACCGUGACGAGGAGGCUCCACGCCGACCUGCUCCCGGACACGCUCGUCCUCCUUGUUCUGUUUCCUGCCCCUGCUGUGGUUUCAAACAAAACCCAUAAACAAGUUCAGACAGCUGAUUGUA